AUGGGCCGCCCCCCCACCACCCAAGAUUUCCUCCCCAUCCUCCCCUCUCACCCCGCCUACCGCCCCCCUCCCAACUCCCCUCCCCCAACAACCUGCGAACCCUGGAUAACCCUAAUACCCCCUCCGUCCCCCCCAAUCCGCGCCAUUCUGAUCCUCCUCCACGGCCUGGGCGACACAGAACGUCCCUUCGCCCACGUAGCGCGGAACCUCUCUCUCCCGGGUGUCUUCUGCAUCUCCCUUCGGGGCGUCUCCCGGCUGCCAUCAUUCCUCCUGCCGCCCGGGCCAGCAGAUCCGAGUGGGCAGGGAGGGCCAGAGGGAUUCCACUGGGGGGAUGAUCUUAAGUUUUCAGCGAAGGGACUGGAUGAUGAUCCGGGGUUUGCGAAGGCACGGGAGUGGAUCGUGGAGAAGGUGAUUGGGCAGGUGUUGGUGGGGGAGUGUAAGUUUGAGUGGGGGGAGGUGAUGAUGUUUGGGUUUGGGCAGGGUGGGAGCGUGGCGUUGGGGGUUGCAAGGGGGUUGGAGGUGUCGGCUAGGGUUGUGGAUGUGACUGAGGGGGAGAAGAAGGAUGUGAAUAAGAGGAGGACGUUGAAGGGGGUUGUGUCGAUUGGUGGGGCGUUGCCGCCGUCGAUGGUACCGAGUGUGAGUGCGAGAUUGAAGGCUAAGGUACCAGUGCUGGUGUGCUGUGGGAGGCAGAGUCAGGCGGUGGAUGAGGAUGCGGUCGAUACGCUGGAGGAGGAGUUUGAGAAGGUUAAGGUGGUGAGGUGGAACAAGCCGGAUGAUGGGAUGCCGCAGAACAGGGAUGAGAUGUUACCGGUCAUGGAGUGGUUUGCAGAUAGGUUGAGGGGUCCGAGUCCGUGGGUUUGA